AUGAACAGUGGCCGGCAAUCACCAAUAUUCGAGGCAAAAACUUCGAAAAGUGACUUACCGAAAAUGGUGCGAAAUGGCGAUACUGCAAACAGUGGAAUGUAUAAGAUUCACAGAAUCCGUUUGUGUCGAAUGGCAAACUGCAUUGUUUCAAAUGUGAUCUCACCAAGUUGCAUAUGGGUUAAGCUGACCAAUCAUAUCACCGAACAACUGCAGACCACUGAUCUGAAUGAUUUGGUUGAACUGAAUGAGGUUCGUGAAGGUCAGUAUGUUAUGGCUCCACUGGAAAACGGUUUGUAUGCUCGAGCUCGAGUCAUUCAAUUGGCAGUUGGUGGAGACAGUGAUAGUUGUGCAUCGAAAGUUGCAAACUAUGCGAAGGUUUUGUUCAUCGAUGAGGGUACGACAGGUUGGUUGGCCAUCCCGUGUUUAGCCAAAAUGGAUCCAAUUCUCUCGUAUCAUCCUUGGCAAGCUAUAGCCGUAUCUCUGUUCAAGGUGGUUCUCUAG